GUAUUUUUAACAUGUCGAAUAAAAUUCUCUCUCUCCUCUCUAUUUUUUUCUCUCUCUAGAGUCUGCAGAGUCUGCACUAUAUGAAUGUCUCCGUUACUCCUUCAUUUCUGUUGUGUGAUGAAGGUGCAGUUGAGCAGUUUUGCAGCUGAAUCUUUGAGAAUUUCACAAACCUUCCACCAUUAAAGCCCACUUCAAAAGCUUCAAGCUCCCAUCUUUUCCUACUCUUUCACUCGCCGAGAUCGCCAUGGAAACGGACCUCUGCUUGAAUCCGAACCCGAACCCAAAACCCAGUUUGCCAUCUCCUUCACUUUCCGGCUAAAUGCCCCGAACCCACCACCGUGAGGGACCAAUCUCACCUAAAAGCUUGGUUCUUUCACUGAAAACCCAUCAUUUCACUCACUCACUGAGUCACUCACACUCUCCAAUUUCGACUCGUUUGCUUCAAUGGCGUCCACAAACUCAACCCCAACAGAACCAUCUCUCUCGCCGGACGACAUAGCCGCCAGGGCCCUCAACCGGCGAUUCGAAAGCCUGGUAACUGUUCGAACAAAGGCCAUCAAGGGGAAAGGAGCUUGGUACUGGGCUCACUUGGAGCCCGUUCUCGUUCGCAUCCCCAACUCCAACAUCCCCAAGGCCGUCAAGCUCAAGUGCUCACUCUGCGACGCCGUCUUCUCCGCCUCCAACCCCUCCAGAACCGCCUCAGAGCAUCUCAAACGGGGUACCUGCCCGAAUUUCACCUCUGUUUUGCGGCCCAAUUCAUCGGCGGCGGCAUCUCCGGUUCCGAUUUCUUCCUUGCCUUCUCCGUCGUCUCACAAUCACAGAAAGCGGAGCUCUCAAAUGGGUACUAGUCCUUCUCCUAUUUCUCAAGCUCCUCCGCACAUUAGUCCUAGUCCGAUACAGGUUCACUCUUUAGCUAUGAUCGAGUCUUCCCGCUUCGGCGGUGACCAUAAUUUCUCACAGUCUCCAAACCCUGUUGGGAUUGCGAGAAGCAUGGGGCUGGAUCAGCACCAUUUGGUGUUAUCUGGUGGGAAGGAGGAUUUGGGUGCUUUGGCAAUGUUAGAAAAUAGUGUGAAGAAACUUAAGAGUCCCAAAGCUUCACCUGGUGCCACUCUUAGUAAGGAGCAGAUUGAUUCUGCACUUCAACUACUGUCUGAGUGGUUCUAUGAGUCAUGUGGGUCAGUCUCAUUUUCGAGCCUCGAGCAUCCCAAGUUCAGGGCUUUCCUUAGCCAGGUGGGCUUGCCUGCAUUGCUGCAGCGUGAGCUUUCUGGUGCUCGACUUGAUGCUAAGUUUGAUGAGGUGAAAGCUGAGUCUGAAGCUAGGAUUAGAGAUGCAAUGUUUUUCCAAGUUGCUUCUGAUGGGUGGAAGAGCGGGGAUUCUUGUGGGGAAGAGAAUGUUGUUAAGUUCACAGUUAAUCUUCCAAAUGGGAUUAGUGUUUUCCAGAAGGUGGUGUUUACUGGCGGGUCAGUUUCUUCGAAAUAUGCGGAGGAGGUGUUGUGGGAUUCAGUUACUGGAAUAUGUGGGAAUGCUGUGCAGCGUUGUGUGGGGAUCGUUGCAGACAAAUAUAAGGCCAAGGCAUUGAGGAACUUGGAGACUCAGAACCAUUGGAUGGUGAAUGUCUCCUGUCAGCUUCAGGGGUUCAUGUCUUUGAUUAAGGAUUUUAACAAAGAGCUUCCACUGUUUAGGGUUGUCAUUGAAAAUUGCUUAAAGGUUGCGAAUUUUGUAAAUAGCAACUCUGAGGUUAGGCAUGCUUUCGAGAAGUGCAAGAUACAAGAGCUUGAGUAUGCUGGGUUGCUCCAAGUUCCUUCGCCCAAAUGUGAUACUUCAAAGAACUUUGCACCUAUCUACGCAAUGCUGGAGGAUAUAUUGAGCUGUGCCCGCAUACUCCAAAUGGUUGUCUUGGUUGAUUUUUAUAAGGCGAUAUGUCUGGAGGAUCCAAUUGCUAGGGAAGUUGCAGGGAUGAUUCAAACUGAAGGAUUUUGGAAUGAAUUGGAGGCAGUUUAUUCACUUGUUAAGAUGAUCAGAGGGAUGACUCAGGAGAUUGAGGCUGAGAGGCCAUUAAUCGGGCAAUGUCUACCCCUUUGGGAAGAAUUGAGAACAAAAGUAAAGGAUUGGUGUGCCAAGUUCAACAUUGUUGAAGGACCUGUUGAGGAAAUAGUUGAAAAACGAUUCAGAAAGAACUACCACCCAGCAUGGUCGGCUGCAUUUAUCCUUGACCCGAUAUACUUGAUGAGGGACACUAGUGGAAAGUACCUUCCACCAUUCAAGUGCUUGACACAUGAGCAGGAGAAGGAUGUAGAUAAGCUCAUUACCAGGUUGGUUUCCAGAGAAGAAGCUCAUGUUGCAUUGAUGGAGCUCAUGAAAUGGAGAACGGAAGGAAUGGACCCACUUUACGCUCAGGCAGUGCAGGUUAAACAGCGAGAUCCUGUAACUGGAAAGAUGAAAAUGGCUAACCCACAGAGCAGCAGACUUGUGUGGGAAACUUGUCUAAGUGAGUUAAAGACAUUGGGGAGGGUUGCAGUGAGACUUAUCUUCCUCCAUGCAACCUCGUGUGGAUUUAAGUGCAAUUGGUCUUUCAUGAGAUGGAUUCGUGUACAUAGGCACUCAAGGGUAGGCCUGGAAAAGGCACAGAAGAUGAUAUUUAUUGCAGCUCAUGCCAAAAUUGAGAGAAGGGAUCUUUCUAGUGAGGAAGAAAAGGAAGCAGAGCUGUUUGGGACUGCAGACGUUGAGGAUGACAUGCUGACUGAGGUCUUUUCCGAUGCACCCACAGUGAUAGGGUUUUCUUGAAUGGGUUGGGUGGAUGGCAAACCGGGCUUGAGUCAUCACAUGGGUCAAACCUCGUAAGAACACAAGAGCGAAUCUUUGUAGCCAAAGACACACUUCACACUGAUUGAACUAGGCAUAUUUGCUCUGCUGGUAUAUCAGUUUCUGAAAUUGAAGAGCCCCACCAUGGGAAGUGGAAGUCCAUUUCAGUGCUUUAGUUGUCAUGGUCAACGAAAAGGAAGUCUCCAACUGGGCCCUUUCGAACUUUGUUUUUGGAGGAUGAAAAUUUGCAAUCCGCACAGUUAUCAGAUAGGCCUUCCAUGAUUGCUAAAAAGUCUUGAGCAAAAUGGAAGCAAGGAGGGGAUGUGCAUAAUAUGACUGAAAGGGAUAUUGCAACGAACUUGAACUGAAUCUGCAUGUAAUUUGGCUAGUAAUAUUGAGCAUAAGUAGGCUGAGAACUGAAACGGGUUAUGUGCUUCACAAGUAAACGGAUUUCAUCAGUGGUUCAACUUGCGAGAAAGACCUUAGCCUUGUGGCAAUUGCCUUAAGAUGGGAGAAUACUUAUGUGGUAUUCACUAUAUAUAUACACAUACUAUGUUUUUUGCAGAGUUCUGAAAAUCGGAUUCAGGAAA